AACACUUAAAACGGCUUCAUAUUAUACGUUUGUAUUUAGUUUAGACAACUAUAAUAUCUUGGUUGUGUGUAUCUAUAAUUAUCGCAGAUAAGCGACAUGGUUGCGAUCACUAAGAUUAUGAAUGCCACCCUUGUUCUGCCUCACCUGGAUGUCACUUCCUAUUGGACAGAUACAAGUGGGUUCAAAGAUUUGUUCAACUGGAGGCAUUUCAUGGAUGUCCUGAAAGAUGAUAUCAAUAUCGUAGAAUCUCUCCCACCAAAACUUGCAUCGGUGAUCCCCUUGAAGAAACCCCCAAUUUCCUGGUCAAAGCCCAGUUACUAUAGAAAAAUAGCUCAGAUAUUGAAGCGCCGCAAAGUAAUCAGAUUCCCUCAGACCGACUCUCGUCUCGUCAACAACGGUCUGGCCGGGUCGAUCCAAAGACUACGGUGCCGGGCAAUGUACGAGGCUCUUAGAUACGAGGAUGGAAUCGAAGAGCUUGCUAAGAAGUUGAUUGGCAGACUUAGAGAAAAUGAUGAACCAUACCUUGCUCUUCAUUUAAGAUAUGAAAAAGACAUGCUUGCGUUUACAGGAUGCAACCACAGUCUUAGCGCAGCCGAGAGCAAUGAGCUCGAGCUAAUGAGAAAUAAAACCUCCCAUUGGAGGGACAAGAUAAUCAACGGCACAGAGAAGCGGCUCCGGGGUGAGUGCCCGAUGACCCCGAGGGAAAGCGCGGUUUUCCUCGAGGCGCUUGGCUUCCCUUCGUCUACCAAGAUAUAUAUCGUUGCUGGGAAGACAUACGGUCGAGAUGGGAUUGGUCCGCUUCGAUCCAAGUAUCCAAACAUCUACACGCAUUCCAAUUUGUUCACGGAAGAAGAGUUGCAACCAUUUAAGCGCAGACAAAAUAAGCUCGCGGCAUUGGACUACAUCGUGGCACUGGAGAGUAAUGUUUUUGUUCACACUUAUAAAGGCAACAUGGCUAAGGCAGUCGAAGGUCAUAGGAGAUUCGCAGGUUUCAGGAAGACCAUCAGCCCUAACAAACAAAAAUUUGUGAAGUUAAUUGAUGAUCUGGAUGGGGGGCUGACAUCUUGGGAAGAUUUCUCAAGGCAAGUGAAGAAGUCACAUGAGGACCGUGUCGGAUUACCAUCCCGUCGGCAACCGGGACAAGCUUUCAAAUCGGAAGAGAGUUUCUAUGCAAACCCUUUCCCCGGUUGCAUCUGCGACAAGUCUAAAGUCCAUGCCAAAGCACGAAAUGCGAUCUCUACACAAAGUAGAAGGAGCCCCUGAGAUUGAGAAGAUUGAAGUCUCCAAAGUGUGGAUGUAGCCCUUGUUGUACAUUUGUAGAGUUGAAGCAAAUUUUUGCUCUUCAAGUUGGGAUCAAGAAGAGAAGGAUUCUUUGACAAGGAGCAAAA